AUGGUUGCACCACAUACUCCCCCCGUAACCUCUCCCCUUGCCCAUCCCGGCCAAAGGCCCUCCAAGCCAGUCCGCUUUGGAUCCAUCAACUGCCGUCCAAAGAGCUCCCUUUUGAUCCGGCUGUCAGCAACUUUCGAGGAGCCCUUUCUCACCUCAAGCAUCACCCAUUCCUAUCGCUUCACAGACGAGGGGAAGAUGGAAAUGUUUUCCGAGGAGGGCAAGUCGGAUGUCCAAGGUCGUCGGGUUAAUUACCGCGAUAUGAUGCCCGCCCCUGUAUCAAUCAGUUUCACAUUGUUCCCUCAUCUUGUAAUUCUUAUCCAUUCACGAUCUCCCAACCUUAUCACGAAUCUUUCUUAUUCUUCAUCGAAACACGAAGCCCAUUUACCCACGACCUCUCCCGACGAAAUACGAAAUAUUCCCUCUGAAUCUUCGAAGCUCGCGCGACUGAUCACAUCUGAUGCCUUGAUGAUUCAACCGAUUCCUUUUCCUGUUGAAUAUUUUGAUACCUCUGGCCAACCGUAG